AUGUCGAAAGCUUUAGAUAAAUCAGUGAAGACAGAAGAUGAUAAAUUAUUGUUGUUACGGUUAUUGUUGAUGGAGUUGGUGAAGGAGAGGAAUUAUUACUUACUAGAAAAUGAUUUCCAGCUUUCCAAUAGUAAACACAAAAAUGCUAAAAGAACUGGAGCCAAUUUUCCAAACCAAUGGCCCAAGUGGUGUGGUGCAGCACCGGGAAAUGAAACGAUACAUUUGCAGAGCUCCAGAGUUGAUAUUGCAGUGACUGGUGAGUCAGGAUGUGGGAAAUCAAGCCUGAUAAAUGCUAUCCUUGGGUUUGCAGAGACAGACAAACCUUCAGCACCUGUGGAUGUGAAGGAAACCACACUGGAACCAGUACCUUACAAACAUGUAAGGUUCCCAAAUGUUGUUUUUUGGGACCUUCCUGGAAUUGGAACUCUUAAUUUUCCUGCCAGCAGCUAUUUUGAAAAAAUAAACAUCACAAAAUUUGAUUUCUUUCUCAUCUGUGGCUUGCGCUUUAACAAGAAUGAUGUGCUUUUGGCAAAGGAAAUACUUAGAGCUGGUAAGAAAUUUUUCUUUCUCCGUACCAAAAUUGACACUGAUGUUGAGUAUUACAGGAGGCAAGGUCGACAUGAGGAGACAGCACUAGAGGUUAUUCGGAAGGACUGCAGGAAAAAAAUAGAGCUUGCUGGAAUCACUUCCUUUACUGUAUUCCUCAUAUCCAGCUGGGAAGCUCAUAAAUAUGACUUUGGCAAAUUGCAUGACAUUCUCCGGAAAGAACUUCCAAAGGUUAAAAGGCAGGCAUUCCUUCUGUCGCUUUCCAAUAUAACAUGCUCAGUUAUUGACAUGAAGGUCAGACUGCUAGGGAAACGAGUUUGGAGAGCAGCCUUGCUGUCAUGUUUGUCUUGUGCUAUUCCAAUUCCUAUGUGCCCUGUGAUUUGUAAUGCAAAGAUCCUGGCAGAUGAGGUCAAACUUUAUUAUCAGCAACUAGGCUUAGAUGAAACCUCUUUAUGUUGCCUUUCCAAACGAUACCAGAGACCACUGAGCAGCCUUCAAAGUGAGAUCCGUCAUCAGUAUAUGAGUACAGGAAAUGAUUUUGCAAACCGAAUGCAAAAUGUAGCUGGAGAAACACAGUUCUUGACAUAUCUUGUGCUUAGUUCUCUUCCAGUUCUGGGUUCACUCCCUUCUGCUGCAAUUUCCUUUGAAAUUACAUCAAGGAUGUUACAUCAGCUUCUGGAUGAACUGUCAGAGGACAGCAAACGAGUGCUAAUAAAAGCACUGUCUUACCAAGACAAAGAGCAUGCAUAGGGGGCAUAGUAUCAUGUAAACAAAGACCAUGCAUAGUGAGCAUAGAAUCAUGUAAACAGAGUAUACAUAGUGGGCAUAGUAUCAUGUAAACAGAGUAUACAUAGUGGGCAUAGUAUCAUGUAAACAGAGUAUACAUAGUGGGCAUAGUAUCAUGUAAACAGAGUAUACAUAUUGGGCAUAGUAUCAUGUAAACAGAGUAUACAUAGUGGGCAUAGUAUCAUGUAAACAGAGUAUACAUAGUGGGCAUAGUAUCAUGUAAACAGAGUAUACAUAUUGGGCAUAGUAUCAUGUAAACAGAGUAUACAUAGUGGGCAUAGUAUCAUGUAAACAGAGUAUACAUAGUGGGCAUAGUAUCAUGUAAACAGAGUAUACAUAUUGGGCAUAGUAUCAUGUAAACAGAGUAUACAUAGUGGGCACAGUAUCAUGUAAACAAACAGCAUGCAUAGGAGGCAUAGUAUCAUGUAAACAAAGACCAUGCAUAGUGAGAAUAGAAUCAUGUAAACAGAGUAUCCACAGUGAGCACAGAAUCAUGUAAACAGAUUAUACAUAGUGGGCAUAGUAUCAUGUAAACAAAGAGUAUGCAUAGUGGGCAUGUGAUGGCCUUCAAUGUCUCAAGCAUAAAUGGAAGGGUAAGUGCCCACAAUGCACAGAUUGGAAUGUGGCAAAGCCAUGUGGCCUCAUACUGUAGUAUGCUGUGGGGCUUUCUCAGUGUGCUUAGGUAAUGCCAUCAGUGGGAUAUGCAUGGAUAGUGAGAUGAUGUGACUCAGCACUGUAGUGCUACACUCUGUUAUGCUGUUUCCCAUUGUGAUAUAUGCUGCUUUAUUCAAUGAACUCCUAUUUCUGUUGGGAAUUGCAGAUAUAGGACUGUCCCCGCAACAUUUCCCAACACCUUCCAUCCUGAGAUAAACAAGGAGGCAUACGCCUUCUUCUUUCUCUCCUCUUCCAUCGCCAACUCUUUCAUAGCCUGCUCAUCUAACUGAACCUUGAUCAAUCAGCUAUGCCCCGUACAGGGCUUCAUCAAGCUGCAGCGUAAAGCUAAUUUGAGUAACUAUACAUUUUAAUAUGAAUUUGAAACAAGCAACUAUCAAUGAAAACUGUGACUUGUAAUGGAUGUGAACUGCAGUUAUACUCAGUAAAAUAAGGGAUAAUGCACUGAAGAAGUCAACCAGAGAUGAUCUAAUAUAAAUGCUCCAUCGAUGAGUAAAAUAAAUAAAAUAUACAAAAUGGGUGUACAGAUUCAAAAACUAUAAAUAUAUUAUAUAAAUAACUGGCCAAUACUUAAGCAGGAGUACACAACAGGACAUGUGCUGUUGUGUAUUAAAAUCAGACAUCAUGUUCACUCAUGUUAUGAUCAGUCAUCAUCAAAGCUGAAUGUGCUACCCUCACAAAACUGAUGUUAUUACACUGUAGUACUGAACCAUUUCAACUCUGUACUGCUACUCAGCAAAUACACAUUUACAAUAAGAAAAUUCUCACUUGAUCUAAACACAUUGUACCUAAGGACGCAUCAGCAAACCACUUAACUGUAUUGUGCACCUGGAUCACCCCUGAAAAGGGAUGCUCAUGUCCCGUGGGCUUAUCUGAUAGAUAAUUAAAUCAAGUAACCAAAUCAACCUAUUACAUAGAUUUAAUUUUCAUAGUCAAUCUUUUAUAGUAAAUUAUCUCAGAAUAAACUAACAUGAGAAACAUUAAGAAAAGUAAAGGUGAAAUCUGCACAUGGGCAGAAACUCUGAAAAUAUGAUCCAGAUCUAUGGCAUGGCUACAAGUCAAAUAGAAUUUCUGGUUGCAACAGUCUUGGAAUGAAAAGCUACCAAGAGUACAUAUACACUGAACCCCAUAAGGCAGUAUUCUUUCAAAAUUCAGGUUUCAAAAACAGUCUGAGAAUGAAAAAGGAUGAAUUUAGAAAAUAUAGAAUUAUUUCUUUGUAGUUCAACUGUGUGACAUAAAGGUUUUUAGCAAUGACUAUACCCAAUGUGCCCCAGGGUCAUCUAGCAAUGACUAUACCCAAUGUGUCCCAGGGUCAUCUAGCAAUGACUAUACCCAAUGUGUCCCAGGGUCAUCUAGCAAUGACUUUACCCGAUGUGUCCCAGGGUCAUCUAGCAAUGAAUUUACCCGAUGUGUCCCAGGGUCAUCUAGCAAUGACUAUACCCGAUGUGUCCCAGGGUCAUCUAGCAAUGACUAUACCCAAUGUGUCCCAGGGUCAUCUAGCAAUGACUAUACCCGAUGUGUCCCAGGGUCAUCUAGCAAUGACUAUACCCGAUGUGUCCCAGGGUCAUCUAGAAAUGACUAUACCCAAUGUGUCCCAGGGUCAUCUAGCAAUGACCAUACCCGAUGUGUCCCAGGGUCAUCUAGCAAUGACUAUACCCAAUGUGUCCCAGGGUAAUCUAGCAAUGACUAUACCCAAUGUGUCCCAGGGUCAUCUAGCAAUGACUAUACCCAAUGUGUCCCAGGGUCAUCUAGCAAUGACUAUACCCAAUGUGUCCCAGGGUCAUCUAGCAAUGACUAUACCCGAUGUGUCCCAGGGUCAUCUAGCAAUGACUAUACCCGAUGUGUCCCAGGGUCAUCUAGCAAUGACUAUACCCAAUGUGUCCCAGGGUAAUCUAGUAAUGACUAUACCCAAUGUGUCCCAGGGUCAUCUAGCAAUGACUAUACCCGAUGUGUCCCAGGGUCAUCUAGCAAUGACUAUACCCGAUGUGUCCCAGGGUCAUCUAGCUCAUUGACAUACAACUUUUGUCACUGACUAUAUCUUGAUGCCACAGUUUCGGCUAUCUCUGGGGCAUAAAGGUUUUAAGGUGAAUGUAUUCUUUGUGCCCCAAAUUCAAUUAGCUCAGGGCAUAAGGUUUGUUCACCGACUAUACUUUAGGUGUCCCUGAUUCAUCUAACUCUUUUGCAUAAAGGUUGUGGUGCUAACUAUACCCUGUUCUCCAAAUUCAGCUAGCUCUGGCACGUUAAGAUUUUGGCACUGCCUGUGCCAUAAGAGCUCCAGUUUCAGCUAGAAGGGAGUGAGUGCCUGAGGUCAUUUAUGACACUAUGUUAUGGAUGAAGGGAGUCAGUGGAUCACAGACAUGUAGUUUAGGGAUUGGGCAGUACUCCAAUAUUCUAGUACUGCAUGCACAGAGGGAUAGAGUGGUGUCAGCCUGGCAAACAAGUGCACUCACUGCAGAUGAGCAUUGUGAGUAUGUAACCAGGCACUCCACCCCUCUGGCCAGCCAACAGAGAGAUGCUUGUUAGAAGUAUGAGAAAUGUCCUAACUCUCAAAGAAUGGCAUCCACACUUCAUUAUUUUUACCUAUCCCUCCUGGCUUCUUUCCAUACCAGGUAUGGUGAAGAAUGACUUGGCCAGUUAGAGACAAGGCUAGAUGGCCAUGGAAACAGAGAUACAGGGAAAAAUAUUUCAAAAGUACUCUAAGUGGUCGAAUUUAAGAACACAGUGCAAUACUAUUUCAGAAAGAGUUUUAACACAUGGGGGAUAAGAGAAAGCAGUGUCCUCUUACUGACAUACAUGGUAUUAAGUAGCCUACAAGGUCAAAAGAUAUUGGCACAUGACUAUAAAAGCAGAAAGAUCCUUUUUACAAUAAUAGCCUUGACUCAAAGAGAUGAAUUACAUAAUAUUUUGGGUUGUCAAGCUUGUGAUAAGAAAACGUUUCAGUGUACAACUAGACGUGCAGAGAAACAGUGAAGGUGUCAUUCCAAAUACUGUACAAAGCUAUAACAAUGAUGCUUUGCCUGACUAUGCUGAUUUAUAAACAGGCUUGAGUAUGUUAUCAAGAGAUUGUCAUCAAAGUCAAAACUAUUGCAACAAUACAUGUACUGAGGAAAAUAACAGCUGGCCUAAGAAAAAGCGAUUAAGUCCAAUGCAAUUUCUGUGUUAAAUACUCUCAACAUUUCCAUUCUCAUAUUCUGGCUAUAUUGUUUAAUACGAAUAACAUAUUACAACCUGAUUCUGAAGCCCUGAACUAUAAGAGUCUACAGUGAACACAUGGAAAGAAUGCAGAUUGCUUUUAUGAGCCAGUUAUCAGUCGAAAUGUUAUACACAAAAAUAGUCAAAGUGUGCAUGACGGCACAUUUUAUCGUUUUCAGUUUGUUCUUUUCUGUUUAUUAUAUGUCUUAUGCAUUUUCAACUACUUAUUAUGUAAUAAUACCUUUCAUUGUUUUGAUAAUAUGGUUUUAUAUUAUCAUGUUGUUACUCUCCUGAACUUUGUCCUUUCCUGUCCUCCUUCAAUGUUCAUAAAACAGUAAGAAAACUGCAAUAGGUUUACAGUGAAACUGUUGUAAAACUAGUCUCAUCUGCAUGUUACCCAUAGUUUGUCCUUAUUGCACUGAACUUUUUUUAUUAUUAUAUCAUCUUAUUGUAACAUUUCACUGUAUCUAGUAUCUGUAUACUUAUAGUCUAGUGACUGACCUGCCCACUUUGCACAGUGCUCUACCCUGAUAUAAGAAAUCUAAAUAAAUAACUAAAAAGGCAAUGAAAAUAAGAGUUUGUUAAUUAAGGUAAGGUGGAAUGAUUCGAUGUACCCGUGAAAAUAUUUCAAGAAACUUUACAGAAAGCAGAAAGGUGGCAUAUGAAUACAGGAAUUAUACGAUACAGACCAACGUUAGCAGAUCCAGAGAAAUCCACAGAAUAUAGUAGACAUGAUAAGCUGCUCUCUUCCCAGUCCCCAUAGUUUUAAGAAGACUUGACUACAUUUAAAACUAUUGAAGCUGUAGGGAAGGGGCAAGCGAGAAAGCUUUUGGGCUUGCUAAGACCCACAACUUAGGUACAAAACAAGGAAGGUUACUAACAAAGAUAUUUUUUAUGAAAUCCACAACUGCACACAGAAUGACACAUUUUCAUUUUAAGGGAGUUUAGGCUAGAUAUGGCUGACCUGUCUGCAUGUUCCUUGAAACACUCUGCCUUUUCAUCAAAGUAAAAAUUAAUGAAAUGUUAUUAAUUGAAGAAAACAGAAACACAAAUAUUAAAUAUGGGACAGUGUCCCCCACACCACUAUACAGUAAGCUGUACCUGCCUACUUUGGUAUAUCUUGGGAGAAAUGGUAAUUUCCCCCACUGCAUCAAGUCCAAGUCGCAGGACAUGUACUAUUGUGCAUUCUUAACUCAUUACAUCCGAAUG